GUAAUGAGCAGUCGCAGGUUGGGAUCCGGCAGAAGCAUAAUCGAGAAUAAGCCAAGGUCGGUAAUGAGCAGUCGCAGGUUGGGAUCAGGCAGAAGCGUAGUCGAGAACAAGCCAAGGUCAGUAAGGAGCAGUCGCAGGUUGGGAUCAGGCAGAAGCGUAGUCGAGAACAAGCCAAGGUCGGUAAUGAGCAGUCGCAGGUUGGGAUCAGGCAGACACGUAGUCGAGAACAAGCCAAGGUCGGUAAUGUGCAGUCGCAGGUUGGGAUCAGGAAGAAGCGUAGUCGAGAACAAGCCAAGGUCGGUAAGGAGCAGUCGCAGGUUGGGAUCAGGCAGAAGCGUAGUCGAGAACAAGCCAAGGUCGGUAAUGAGCAGUCGGAGGUUGGGAUCAGGCAGAAGCGUAGUCGAGAACAAGCCAAGGUCGAUAAUGAGCAGUCGCAGGUUGGGAUCAGGAAGAAGCGUAGUCGAGAACAAGCCAUGGUCGGUAAGGAGCAGUCGCAGGUUGGGAUCAGGCAGA